UCAAUCAUAAAAAUGUUUAUUUACAGAUUUAAAGAUGUUUACGAAGCAACAAAUCAUUGCUGCUUUGCUGGAGAUGCAACCUGGGGAGAUGCCGGCCGCCGUCGAUCCAAUUGCAUCGUCAGAGGAAAUUGUUCACUCCAUCUCCGGAGCAGCAGCAGGUUGCCAGGCCACACAUAUUUUCUCUUCUCCGGUCAUCAUUGAACAAGCCCCUAAACUUGCGAAUAAAACCAUUGAAGAGAAGAGCGGAUUGGAAGAACCGGAGGUUCGCUACGUUUUGGUCGAGGAAGCUGCACCACGGCAAAAGGCGAUGGAAGGCGAUCUGGGAGAGUUUCUUCGAUCGCAUGAUCUGGAAGCGUGCACCAACGUUCUUGAAAAUGACCACGGCAUCACCGAUGUGCAAACGUUUACAGAGAUGGAGAAAGAGGAUAUUAACUUGUUUUGCCAGGUGAUCAGUCACCGGAUCCGCUUCAGGAAGCUGCUGGCUGAGCUGAAAGGUAACUCCGUAAAUGUGUCAAAACAAGGAAGUUCUUCGCUGUUGAACGACGCUGGACCACCAAAGGUUUAUCUAGGUUUUUAUUAUAAAAAGCUAGGGAAAAGUGCCAUGAUACUAGUGUGACCAGCAUAGUAAAUGAGUACCCAAUUCGGUUUUUGAUGG